AUGACGCGGGCGUCGACCGCCCGUCAGUCCAGGGCUGCGGUGAAGUCUGAGACAGAACAGCUAUCUAGUCCGCCCACCACGCCUGCACCUUCGAAACGAGGUGCCUCUAAAAAAGAAUCUCACGAGGCAAUUGACUCCAAGUCUGCAAACAAGGGAGACAAGGACUCAGUGAAAGCUGAACCCAUCACUCCUAACAUUGGUCGCAAGAGAGCGAGAGCUACUGCAAAGAAAGAAGACGAUGUCAACGACUUGCCGCAUGGCCUCGGCGCCAUCCCGUCAGUUAACGAUGACCCAGCCGAAGACGAGAAGCCUGCUGUGAAGAAACGCAAGGCUAGGGCGACAGCCAAGAGUUCGAACUCGGAUGUCUCUAAGGCUCUUGAAGACGCAGCUCCCUUAGCUGAAAACCUCACCAAGGGAGCGGAAGGGACCGGCAAGUCCACCAAGAAGAGUAGCAAAGGCAAGAACAACUACGGGCUGACUCCUGGACAAACCCCCUAUCCUGAUUACCCUCACCCCACACCUGAGGAAUGCGAAGAAGUAACGCGCCUGCUGUCAAAAAUGCAUGGUCAAGUUCAGGCGCCGAAGGAAGUACCAGCGCCGUCUCUUACCACAACUGGCUGUGGUGAGGUCCCUUCAGUGUUGGAUGCAUUGAUCAGGACCCGCUUGAGCGCGGCGACCUCGAACACCAACUCUUCACGCGCUUUCCAAGGCUUAGUCAAACGCUUCGGCAUCAUCGAGGAAGGCAUCGGCAAAGGAAGCGUGAAUUGGGACGCAGUGCGAGUGGCCGACACGAAAGACAUAUUCGAAGCCAUCAAGAGCGGCGGUCUCGCAGACGUCAAGAGCAAGGACAUCAAGAAGAUUCUCCAGAUGGUCCACGAGGAAAACCAAGCCCGCCACGACGCCCUCGUCAAGAAUUCAAGCAACGAUCCGGCUGGUGCAGAGAAUGAAAGCGCGCAAGAACGCGAACUCGAAGUCGCCCGCGCCGAAUCCAACGUUUUGUCUCUUGACCAUCUCCACUCUCUCUCGUCGAACGACGAGAUCAUGACGCACCUCCUGCGUUACCCGGGCAUUGGCGUUAAGACGGCUUCUUGCGUCCUGCUCUUCUGCUUCCAGCGACCUUCUUUCGCCGUUGACACUCACGUCUUCCGUCUCGCCAAGUGGCUUCAAUGGGUUCCAACGGACAAAAACGUGACUCGCGACUCCACGUACGCCCACCUCGACGUCCGCAUUCCCGACGAGCUCAAGUACCCGCUCCACACCCUGCUGAUCCGCCACGGCAAGAGCUGCCCGCGGUGCAGAGCCAUCACGGGAGUUGCUAGCGAGGGCUGGGAGAAAGGAUGUCCCAUCGACCACCUGGUCAAGAGAACGGGCGUAAGAAAGGGUGGUGGAGCCGAGAAAUCUGGGAAGGAGACGACAGCGACUCCCUCGACCGGUCGACGCAAGUCUAAGAAGAAAUAUGUAUCUGAGGAAGAGGAAAGUGAGUUGAGCGAUCUGGGUAGUAGCAGUGGUGGUGAUGGCGCGGCCAGUGAGCCAUCGGACUUUGAAGAUGAUGACUGA